AUGUGCGGUAUCAUUGCUGUGAUCCACGGCGAUCCCAAGUCGCAAUCGGCUUCGGUCGAGGUGCACGAUGCCCUCUACCUCCUCCAACAUCGCGGCCAGGAUGCUGCCGGAAUAGUCAGUUGCAGUGCUGGUGGUCGCUUCCACCAGUGCAAGGGUAACGGUAUGGCGUCGCGCGUCUUCCAGGACGGCGCACGCGUGUCCGACCUCCCCGGCUUCAUGGGCCUCGGGCACCUGCGAUACCCUACCGCUGGCAGCAGCGCGAACGCUGAGGCUCAGCCCUUCUACGUCAACAGCCCCUACGGUAUCUGCAUGACUCACAAUGGCAACCUCAUCAACGCGCCGGCACUACGCCAGCGACUCGAUCACGAGGCCCACAGGCACAUCAACACCGAGAGCGACAGUGAGCUCAUGCUCAACAUCUUCGCCGACGAGCUCAACGAGACGGGCAAGGCGCGUAUUAACGCCGACGACUGCUUUGCGGCGCUGGAGAGGAUGUACAAGCUUUGCACUGGUGGAUGGGCCUGCACGGCCAUGCUUGCGGGAUUCGGCCUCAUCGGUUUCCGCGACCCGUACGGUAUUCGUCCCAUGGUGCUCGGCUCCCGCAAGUCGCAGGACGGCAAGAGCAUGGAUUACAUGAUGGCCUCAGAGAGCGUUGCGCUGGUCCAGUGCGGCUACAAGGACUUCUUCGAUAUCCUCCCCGGCCAAGCUGUCAUCAUCGAGAAGGGCAAGGAGCCCGUCUUCAGGCAAGUCGCCAAGCAAGAAGCGUAUACCCCGGAUAUCUUCGAAUACGUCUACUUCGCGCGACCUGACUCUGUCAUUGACGGCAUCGACGUGGAUGAGAGCCGACGUAACAUGGGCUUCACUCUCGCCGAGACCAUCAAGAAGCAGCUUGGUCCCAAGACCAUGGCUGAGAUCGACGUGGUUAUGCCGAUUCCUGAGACUUCGAUUACUUCUGCGUUAUGCGUUGCUGAGGCUCUCGAAAAGCCAUACGUACAAGGUUUCGUCAAGAACCGCUACAUCUUCCGCACAUUCAUCAUGCCAUCGCAACAACUACGACAGAAGGGCGUCCGGGCCAAGCUGAAUCCUAUGAAGAAGAAGUUUGAAGGCAAGAACGUGCUGCUGGUUGAUGACUCCAUCGUUCGGGGUACUACGUCGCGUGAGAUUGUCCUGAUGGCGCGGGAAGCGGGUGCCAAGAAGGUCUACUUUACCUCGUGUGCACCGCCAAUCACCAAUGCCCACAUCUACGGUAUUGAUCUGGCCUCUUCCUCGGAGCUGAUCGCUCACCACCGCGACUCAGCAGCCAUUGCUAAGCACAUCGGCGCGGACGAUGUCGUAUACCAGAAUCUUGAGGAUCUACAGAGCGCUUGCGCACGUCUCUCCCCGCGAGAUCCCGCAACACAAAAGUUCGAAGUCGGUGUCUUCUGCGGCAAAUAUGUCACCCCGGUCGACGCUGGCUAUUUCGAGCAUCUCGAGAGAAUCCGCGGAGAGAGCCGCAAACAAAAGGUCAUGGAGAAGGCACGAGAGGCUGUCGUACAUGGUACGGCCAAUCCUCAACAGGUGCGCAUGGCUGCCAAGGGCGUUGAGGUUGACCAACAUGGCAACGUCAUCCCAUCGGAUGGCAAUGGGCAACCCGAUUGGCACCCGGCCAACGGUGUCAGCCAGACGUCCGCGAGUGAUGCGCUCGCUAACGGUAACGGGGAAGAGCGACGCGUUACCAGCAGCCAGGACAUCAGCUUACACAACAUGCACGAUUACAACUGA